AUGCUGCGAGCUAUCAAGGCCUCAUUCUAUCGUGGUGGAACUAGCAAGGGUCUGUUCUUCCGGGCUUCAGAUUUAGCCCCAUUCCCUCAGUCAAUGCGGAAUGAGAUACUGCUUUCAGCUAUGGGCUCCCCUGACCCCGAUGGCCGCCAGAUAGAUGGCAUGGGUGGAGGCAUAUCUUCCUUGUCUAAAGCCGUAGUGCUUUCGACACCUGGAGAGGCUGUCUCCGAGAUGUCUAGAGGCCCGGAAUAUUCCUUUCCGGAUGGCGUUGACUGGGUGGAUGAUGUAUCGCGUGCAUCUAGCGAGAGGAGUGGAUGGGAUGUGGUGUAUCGUUUUGCCCAAGUGGGAGUGCGAGAUUUUGUGGUUGACUGGAGCAGUACUUGCGGGAACCUUGUGGCUGCGGUCGCACAGUAUGCCGUAGAUGAAGGUUUGGUCCAAAAGCGUAUUGAAGCUUCGAUUCAAGGGCAGACACCCCCAGAGCGCUUCCCUUUCGCAACGAGGAUCUUAGCAGCAGAUAGCGGCAAGAUUAUUCACGCAACUACAGUAGUCUGCACUCCCGGAUCUCUGGAGUCGGGUCGCCUCCGCUGGUAUGUAUCAAAUUUUGGAGGCGCAAGUAUCUCGGGCGUGCCAAGUACGUCAUCACCCGUUGAGAUAGAAAACCCGCUUCAAGGGAAUAUGCUUCCUACCGGGCGAGUACUUGACGCAAUACCUAUGGAGGGCAAAUCUAUACCUUGCACAAUCGUUGAUGCCGGAUUACCCUCAAUUUUCAUCCCAUCGUCUGCUGUCUUCAGUGUCCCAGAAUGGUUUCUCUCGCAUCCGGCAGACCUUGAUGCCGACCCCCGGUUCAGAGCGCGAGCAGAAGAGCUGCGCUAUGCCGCGAGCCGUCUUAGCCCUGCACUCUCCUCUAUCUUCUCCACAUCGACCCCAAAAAUCUGUGUUAUUGGUUCUCCUGCUAGUUACCGGACGACAAGCGGGGAGGAGCUGAGAUCAAACCAAAUGGACUGCGUGAUUCGUGCCGUCAGUGUUGGUAACUUCCAUCGGACCGUACCAGCCACCAUGGUGUCAGCCCUAGCAGUGGCCUCUGUGCUUCCUGGUUCCGUUGUCUGGGAUGCAUGCCAGGCAUCAGUGCUGCCUCAGGAGAAGAAUAUGUCCUUGCGAUCAAUCACUGUUGGACAGCCUGCAGGGCUGUCGAAGGCCACCGUUGCAUUGGAUAUUCAUGGGCAGCCCAAGUCAAUCAAUUAUGUCCGCACAGCUCGUCGAUUAUUCCAAGGCGAAGUCCUGGUCAAGGCAUGA